GUAAAAAAGAGCGAGAAAAGACGUUUUUCUCACCUGCUCCCUGGGAGGUGAUGAACUUUGCUCUCAGGCCUCCUUCAGCAGGCAGUUCUGGGCCCGGCGCCGGCGGAGGAGCCACCAUGGAGAACCUGGAGAAGCAGCUGGUCUGCCCGGUCUGCCUGGAGCUGCUCUCCAAACCCGUGGUCAUCCUGCCCUGCCAGCACAACCUCUGCCGCAAGUGUGCCAACGACAUCUUCCAGUCGGCCAACCCCCUGUGGCAGAGCCGCGGCUCCUCCAGCGCGGCCUACAGCGGCGCUCGCUUUCGCUGCCCGUCGUGCCGCCACGAGGUGGCGCUGGACCGCCACGGGGUCUACGGCCUGCAGAGGAACCUGCUGGUGGAGAACAUCCUCGACAUCUGCAGGCAGCAGGAGUCCUCCAGCCGUGUGAACACGAAGCCGGGCCGGCGGCAGCUGCUGUGCGAGGAGCACGAAGAGGAGAAGAUCAACAUCUACUGCCUGUCCUGUGAGACGCCGACCUGCUCCAUGUGCAAAGUGUUCGGAAAACACAAAGACUGCGACGUGGCGCCGCUCAGCAGCGUCUACAUGAGACAGAAGACGGACCUGAGCGACGGCAUCGCGAUGUUGGUCGCCAGUAACGACCACGUCCAGGAAGUCAUCACUCAGAUGGAGGAAAUCUGCCACACUGUUGAGGAGAACGGUCAGCGGCGGAGGGAGCAGCUGGUCGGCCGCCUGGACGUCCUGGUGGGCGUCCUGGACGAGCGGAAGCAGGAGCUGGUGGGGCUCGUCGCCGGAGAGCAGGACGGCAAACUCCGACGCCUCCGCUCUCUCCUCCGCCGGCACAGCGGCCGCCUGGAGGCCGCGGCGGCGCUGCUGGAGGCGGCCCUGCGGUCCAUCGAGGAGCCGCACGUGCCGGUGUUCAUACAGAGCGCCACCGCCAUCAUGGAGAAGAUAGCGGUGAUGUCCAGGGACUCGGACACGGAGCGUCCAGAGCUCGGUUUUGAGGAUAUGAGCCACUUGGUCAUCGAUACUGACGAGCUGGCCGACAUGCUGAGGAACAUCGACUUCUCCCCAGGUGUGCGAAAUGAUGGAGAGGAAGAUCCUGAAGGAAGUGCAGAAGAGUCACAACUCGACCUUUGCUCCAGAUUUUGAGAUCGAAACAGAAACAUUUGUUGUUUUCAAUAUCUCUGAGUUGAAUUUUUCGAAAAAUUAGGUUUCAGGGUUCAGGGUUUUGCUUUAGAGAUUCUGUGGUACUAUUUAAUAUCAUAUUAGAUUAUGUAUCCGCAUCCAUGUAAAAGCAGAAUAUUGCUGUCGUAGAGGCGGAGCUAGUUUUGAACGAUUUCAUAAAGAGUGGCAUUUCAUUUUUUUUUUUUAUACUGGAUUUAUCUCUUUAUUUUCUUGAUAAAUACAUAGAUUGUUAAAAUUCUGAAAAAUAUAUAUAUAUAUAUUUCUAGAAAUGUAAAAGUCCAUAUUUUGGUGCACCCCAUGUUCUCCAUCAUCAGAUUGCUCAUUAGUGAUGGAUUUCGUUCACAUUGCAAACCAAAGAGUAUCUUUGAAAGCAGAAACGUUUUACCAGAAAACUAAAUCCAGCUUUUCAUAAUUUCGACCGUAGAAGAUGCUCCAGCAAACAUGGACACCAUUUUUCAAAGACCCCUUUAUGUCAUAUAAUAAUAAUAUCUAAAUAUAUGAAAUACAAUACAUGAAACAGAUCAAUGAAAACAUUCACUGUAAAUACAUACCACUCCUUUAUUAGCUUGAUAUAAUUACAUAACAACCAUACUUGUUCUUUUUUAUUUUUAUUUGUUGCACUUAAGAUUACAUUGUGCCUCAAUGAAUAAUACAUGUUGGUGAUUAUUUACUUCUUUGUUGUGCAUAUCACACAACCGCUUAGUUUGAGAACUCUGAUUAUUGUUUUUAUACUCUAGGUACUCCUAACUUUGGGAAUAGCUGUAACGGUGAGGUAAUCCGGCAGUAGCCACAGCUGAUAGCCGGCAAAAAAACACGAAUCAAAACCAAUGCUCAUGUUGCUCCGUGACUUCUGGAUGUGUAAAUAACAAUAAUAACAAUAAACUGUUUGCUAACAA